GCGCAAAGAGAAGCAGGGCUGGCCAUCUCUCUGUUUUUAAAAGCUCUGCAGCUGUCCAAACUGUCUGCCAUCUGGGCAGGGCAGAGGAGGGAAAGAGUCUCCACCUCUGGAACUCUGCAUCUUGUGAGCCUUCCCACCUACCCUAUGACAGACUACAGAGAAAAUUCUAGAGUACUACGUCUUUGAGGAACGGGGGAGGCUGUUCUCCUGGUCUGCAGAGAGAGAGAGAGUACAUCUCCACUUCACCAAAUUUCUUUCUCUUUUUCUCUUUACAUUUUACCCUCCAACAGGAAUACAACUGAUCUCCUCACCUGUGAUUUUCCAAAGGACUCUGCAAAAACUGGACGCAUGCACCCGAUUCCCCGGAGAACCCUCUGGUUUUCAGCCUGAACGCUCAGUUGGAUUUUACAUCUAAAGCGCAAUCUCUGAUUGAGUUUCAUUCUUUCCUUAAUCUCUGGGAGCACUCGUACCGGCACCACCAUUUCAGGGGUUUUCCUGCAAAAAAAAGAGAAAAAAAAAACUCAGCCGUUUGUGACCACUGAGCACAUUUUGAGAGUGAGUGGAAACUCUGCCUGCCUCUGUGCCGGGAGCCCAAAGCGACUAGAGGACUCUGAGGAGGGAUAAAGCUGGUAGAAGAUGAGGUGGGGCGUGGCACUGCUGUGUGCCACCUUCCUGGCUCUGUGCUGGGUGCUGGCGCACUCUGAGGACGGGGACUCGCGGGCUCUGCUGACCAGCAGCAGGGCCCUGGGGGGCCGGGGAAGGCGGGACAGGGGGCCCCUGCAGCGACGGAAAGACGAGCAGCGGGACGAGCCGAGAGAUGAGGAGGAGCUCGUGGACAGUCCCGCCGCAGACCCGAAAAAGGGAAAGAAGUCCAAAUCAAAGAACAAGAAAUCUCCAGAGGAAGCAUCUGCAGCAAGGGCCAGAAAGGCUGCUGAGAAGGAGGCCAAAUCAAAGGUACCAAGAGCCCCCAAACCCACGAAAAAGCCAAAGGCACCAAAGAAACCCAAAACCACGAAAAAGCCGAAAACCACCAAGAAACCCAAAGAUAAGUCCACCAAGAAACCCAAGGACAAGGCAAACAAGAGACUCAAGGAGGCAGAGGAGGAAGUGCAGACAGACAGGCCACUGACAACGCCGCCCAGCAUGGAGGAGGAGGAGCGCAUUACGACCGAGCUGGCCUGGGACAGAAUGUUCCAAACAGAUCCCACAGACGGCCCCAUGGUGGAACGGGAAUUAACCGAAAAAGAGGACUAUUCAUACCCAGAACCUCCAGACCCAGACCAGCUGUACCCAGAACCUUCAUACCCAGACCAGCCAUACCCCGAACUCACAAACACAGACCAACCAUACCCAGGAACCCCAAACCCAGACCAAACAUAUCCAGAGCCUCCAUACCCAGAUGAACCCUACCCAGACCAACCAUACCCAGAACCAGAUGACUAUGACUGGAAAACAGAAGAGCCAAUGACGCCAGAUACAACGGCUGAGACCACAGUGUUUAAAGAGGAUGAUGGGGAUGACUACUGGGAUCCCAAAUAUGAGGGGCCUGAUCCCUUCCCAUUCCCUGAUGGCAAGGCGGUCAUACCUACGGAAGAAGACUGGAGCUAUCACAUCACAGCGGAGCCCAGUCCUGCACCAUAUGAAGCACCGUGGUAUGACGACUAUGACGACUAUAACACUGCGAGGAAGAAAGAAGAGGAGGAGACAGAUGACUUUUGGAAAGAGUUUGAGGAAAAAGAAAUACAGAUAAAGAAGGAAGAUGAGAGGAGAGAGAGGCCACCUCCUGUCCUUGCUGCACCAAAAAAAUGCCCCCCUCUUGGACUGGAGUCCCACCGUGUCAAUGGAGACCAGCUCAUUGCUUCUUCCAUGUUACAUUAUGGGUUUGGCCCCCAAAGAGGACGUCUCAAUAUGCAGGGAACAGAUGAUGAGGAUGACUCCUACGGUGGAGCCUGGUGCGCUAACUCAGAGGAAGGAAACCACUGGUUCGAGGUUGACGCUCGGCGGGAGACAGAGUUCACCGGCGUCGUCACCCAGGGCAGGGAUUCCAAAAUACACAACGAUUAUGUCAGCACGUUCUAUGUGGCCUUCAGCAAUGACAGUCGGGAAUGGACUGUGCUCCAUGACGGAUUCGCUGACUGGCUGUUCUUCGGGAACGCGGACAAGAGCACGCCGGUCGUGUCCUACUUUAUGGAGCCCGUGGUGGCGCGCUACAUCCGGAUCCUGCCCCAGAGCUGGAACGGCAGCCUCUGCAUGCGGCUGGAGGUGAUGGGCUGCCCCCUGCCUGAUGCCAACAGCCAGCAGAGUCAGAAUGAAGUCACUCCAGUAGACUACCUGGACUUCAAGCAUCACAACUUGGAUGAUAUGAUACAGUUGAUGAAAGCGAUCAAUGAUGAGUGCCCGAACAUUACCAGAAUCUAUGAGCUUGGCACCAGCUACAAAGGACUGAAGAUAUAUGCCAUGGAGAUCUCUGACAACGCCGGGGAACAUGAGACAGGUGAGCCAGAGUUUCGUUACACGGCCGGCCUUCAUGGCAACGAGGCCCUGGGGCGGGAGCUGCUGAUUCUCCUGAUGCAGUACCUGUGCAAGGAGUACAAGGACGGCAACCCGCGAGUGCGCCGGCUAGUGGACGGCGUGCGCAUCCACCUGGUGCCCUCGCUAAACCCAGACGCUUACGAGCUGGCGUACAAAGCGGGCUCGGAGCUGGGCAACUGGGAUUUGGGCCACUGGACGCAGGAAGGCUAUGACAUCUUUCAGAACUUCCCUAACCUCAACACUGCCCUGUGGGAGGCGGAGGACAAGGGUUUGGUCCCCAAGGUCAUGCCGAACCACCACGUCCCCAUUCCGGAAAAUUUCCUGGCAGAGAACGGCUCGGUUGCUGUGGAGACCAAAGCCAUCAUUUCAUGGAUGGAGCAGAUCCCCUUUGUGCUGGGGGCCAACCUUCAGGGAGGGGAGAAGGUGGUGACGUACCCCUACGACAUGGACCGGACCGCCAAGCUGAAAGAAGAGGGUGAGGUCAGGAGCCGGAAGAAGCGGCAAUAUCAGGAGGGCAACGAUGAAGCGAUGUGGAGGAGCAUGUACCACCACCACGAGGCCGAGCAGGAUCCGAGAGGCUACCAUCACCACCUGGCAGAGCUGGAUCCGAGAGGGUACCGUCACUAUCAGGCAGCGCAGGAACAGAGAGGGUACCAUCACCAUCAGGAAGGGGAGGACUCAAGAGGGUACCAUCACCAUCAGGAAGAGCAGGAUCAGAGAGGGUACCAAUACCAUCAGGAAGAGCAGGAUCAGAGAGGGUACCAAUACCAUCAGGAAGAGCAGGAUCCUAGAGGGUACCAAUACCAUCAGGAAGAGCAGGAUCCUAGAGGGUACCAAUACCAUCAGGAAGAGCAGGAUCAGAGAGGGUACCAUCACCAUCAGGAAGAGCAGGAUCAGAGAGGGUACCAUCACCAUCAGGAAGAGCAGGAUCAGAGAGGGUACCAUCACCAUCAGGAAGAGCAGGAUCAGAGAGGGUACCAUCACUAUCAGGUAGAGGAGGAUCCAAGAGGGUACCAUCACAAUGAGGAAGGGGAGGACUCGAGAGGGUACCAUCACAAUGAGGAAGGGGAGGACUCGAGAGGGCACCAUUCCCAUGAGGCACGGGAUGACCCGAAAGUGUCACCCGAUGACUCCAUGUUCAGAUGGCUGGCCAUUGCCUACGCCUCCACCCAUCACACCAUGAGUGACACCAUCCGUGGCGCGUGUCACACCGAUGACACAGCCAGAAGACACGGCAUCGCCAACCGUGCCCAAUGGAAGCCUGUCGUGGGCAGCAUGAAUGACUUCAGCUACCUGCACACCAACUGCUUUGAGCUGUCCAUCUUCCUGGGUUGUGACAAGUUCCCCCACGAGAGUGAACUGCCCCGUGAGUGGGAGAACAACCGCGAGGCCCUGCUCGUCUUCAUGGAACAGGUGCAUCGUGGGAUUAGGGGUGUGGUGAAAGACCAAGAAGGAAACCCCAUCGCCAAUGCCACCAUAUCUGUGGAGGGUGUGAAUCACGAUGUCACGACAGCGGCCGCAGGGGACUACUGGCGUCUGCUGAACCCAGGGGAGUACCGCGUGACGGUGCGGGCUGAGGGCUACACCCCCGUCACCCAGCUGUGCGUGGUGGGUUACGACCUGGGGGCCACGCCCUGUAGCUUCACCAUCGCCAAGUCCAACUGGGACCGAAUUCAGCAGAUCCUCGCCAUGUACGGCAACAAGCCAAUCCGGCUGAUCAGCAACACCAGAGGGUGGGGGAACAGGUACCCGAACUCGCACGUCACCGGGACGACGAGCGUUGGGGGCGGGAACGGGGAGCUCACCUCCCGCCAAAGGCGCCUACGCCGCCUGAGGUUGCUGCGCUUGCGUCGACUGCGCCAGCAGAGGCUGAGGGCUGGCAUGACCACGACCGAGCCGCCAACGACCACCACCACCACCACCACCCUCCCGCCAACCACGACUCCGCCCCCCACCACCACUCCACCCCCCACCACCACACCCCAACUGCCUGAAACCACUGCCACUCCCCAACUGCCCGAGACCACCGCCACACCCGAACUGCCCGAGACCACCCCCUCCUGGUACGACUCCUGGUUCUACGAGAACCCCACCACCGCCGCCGACGGACCGAGCUACACCUUCAACGAGACCACGCAAGAUUACGAGUACAAAGUAGAAGAAUAUUACUAGCGCCACGCAUUCACACUUCCGCAAAUAUGAAAGGGGAGGGUUUUAUUAGUGCCAGCCGUGUGCAAAGGGAGGGGAGAACUUCCCAGAAAGCAAAGGCUUCCAGUCAAGAGAUUUUCUAAAAGAGCACAGCAACCUUCCCGCAUUUCUAUGCAAAUACAAGUAUCAAAAUGUCAGUUUCUUUAAGAGCGCCUCGGGGUGUAGAGGCCGUUACACCUUAUUUAGCACGCGUGUGGGGAUGGGUUUCAUGGCUCUCGCUCCUCUGAAGAAAGUCGCAUUACAGGUGAUACACAGGGGCCUUCAAUCUGAGUGUGCUUAACAGACACCACCAUAGAAACUGUGUGGAGAAAAUAAGAUAAUGAAAACUAGCAAUCCAUCCUGGCCUCUUUGUAGUAAACACACUUUCCUGCAAAAACUAACAAAUGGCUUUUUGAAGUGAAAGCGCUUCAUUCAGUUAUCAUUAAUCAUUUUCCCCUGCCUCCUGAAUCCCAGAGAGGCGAGCAGUUCACCUUUCACAACUUUCAUUUAAAAAAAUGCAAGAGUUGAAUUUAUUUACAAUGUUUUGCCACAGUUAACAAAGACAAUGUCUUUGGAGAGAAGAGUCAGUUUAGACAAAACAGUUGGUUAUGACUGGAGGGAUUGUCUAAAAUGCUAAUUAAACAGUUGACACAGGAAUUGUACAUAUCAUUUAAUAAACAUUGGUUUGCUUAA